GGAGGCAGCGGUUGCUCUGGGUUUCCGGUGCGAGGCCAGAACGGGAACGCCGUCGUACGUCGGAGUUUUGGAGUCGCGUCCGGAAAGCCCGCCGGCGGAGGCACCCGAGUCUUCUGACUCGCCGAGACACGCAGUAUCUGGCUCCUUCCGGCCUUUGGGCCAAUUUGUUUGAAGAAGCUUUGUGCGCCGGGCGUUGGGAAUUCUGAUCCCAGCUGCGAAGAAUUUGGAAGUUUGGAUAGUUUGCAGUUGUCAUUGUUUCUAAAGGAUCUGCUCCUUACCCAGCGUUGCAUAUCACAAUGAAGAACCAAGACAAAAAGAACGGGCCUGCCAAACAGUCCCACCCCAAAAGCAACCCAGGUCAACCGGAAGCCGGACCAGAGGGAACCCAGGGGCGGCCCAGCACGAUGGCUCCUGCAACAGCAGCUGAAGGUUCCACCAGCCAGGCUCCCGGGAAGACCGACGGAGCCCAAGCCAAAGCAGCUCAGUCUGGCGCCCUCUGUGAUGUCUCGGAGGAGUUGAGCCGUCAGUUGGAAGACAUAUUGAGUACAUACUGUGUGGACAACAAUCAGGGAACCCCAGCUGAGGAUGGAACACAGGGUGAGCCCACUGAACCCAAAGAAGCAGAGAAGGCCCGAACUUAUGCUGCAAGGAAUGGGGAACCUGAACCAGGGACCCCGAUAGUCAACGGUGAAAAAGAAAUCUCCAAGGGAGAACCAGGCACAGAAGAGAUCCGAGCAAGUGAUGAGGUGGUAGACCGGGACCACCGAAGGCCACAGGAAAAGAAGAAAGCCAAGGGUCUGGGUAAGGAGAUCACCUUACUGAUGCAGACACUGAACACGCUAAGUACGCCGGAGGAGAAGCUGGCUGCGCUGUGCAAGAAGUAUGCUGAACUGCUAGAGGAGCACCGGAACUCACAGAAGCAGAUGAAGCUGCUACAAAAGAAGCAGAGCCAGCUGGUACAGGAGAAGGACCACCUGCGAGGUGAGCACAGCAAGGCCAUCCUGGCCCGCAGCAAGCUGGAGAGCCUGUGCCGCGAACUGCAGCGACACAACCGCUCCCUCAAGGAAGAAGGUGUGCAACGGGCCCGGGAGGAGGAGGAGAAGCGCAAGGAGGUGACCUCACACUUCCAGGUGACUCUCAAUGACAUUCAGCUGCAGAUGGAACAGCAUAAUGAACGCAAUUCCAAGCUGCGCCAAGAGAAUAUGGAGCUGGCAGAGAGGCUCAAGAAGUUGAUUGAGCAGUAUGAGCUACGCGAGGAGCAUAUCGACAAAGUCUUCAAACACAAGGACCUACAGCAGCAACUAGUGGAUGCCAAGCUCCAGCAGGCCCAGGAAAUGCUGAAGGAGGCCGAGGACCGACACCAGCGAGAGAAGGACUUUCUCCUGAAAGAGGCGGUGGAGUCCCAGAGGAUGUGUGAGCUGAUGAAGCAGCAGGAGAUCCACUUGAAGCAGCAGCUCGCCCUAUACACAGAAAAGUUUGAAGAGUUCCAGAACACACUUUCCAAAAGCAGCGAGGUAUUCACCACAUUCAAACAGGAGAUGGAAAAGAUGACCAAGAAGAUCAAGAAGCUGGAGAAAGAAACUACCAUGUACCGGUCUCGAUGGGAGAGUAGCAACAAGGCCCUGCUGGAGAUGGCUGAGGAGAAGACACUUCGGGACAAAGAGCUAGAAGGCUUACAAGUGAAAAUCCAGCGGCUGGAGAAGCUGUGCCGGGCACUGCAGACAGAACGUAAUGACCUGAACAAGAGGGUACAGGACCUCAGUGCUGGCUGUCAAAAUCUCCUCACUGACACUGGCCCUGAACAGAGGCCAGAGGCUACUAUUACCUCUAAGGAGCAGGGUGGCAAGGGGCCUGUGGCUCAAACACCCAACUCCCCAAGGGCCACAGAAGUUCCUGCCUGCCCAGGAGGGCUGAGCACAGAAGCAUCAGGUCAAACAGGGCCCCAAGAACCCACCUCUGCCACAGCCUGAACUUCCUGGUACUCAGGGUAUGCUGGGAGGGGAGCAGCAACCCAGCCAGGCAUAGCCUGUACACCACUCCCAGCCCUGAGACCAGGGUGCUCUGACCCAGCUGGCAUUUGACACUUUGCAAGUUUGGAUUUUAUGGGUCAGUUUACACUCAUGGGGCACACGUGCAAGGCCACGGGUACAUUUGUAAGUGUACAAUGGGCUUGCGCUGGGGUGAUGCUAAAUGAAGUCGGCGGCUCUGCUGUGAGCUGAAGUCUAACAGAAGAGAGGUCCUCAGUAGCUCCCGUCACAGUGAGCUGGCAGUCAGGUGACUUGAGCCUUUCCCUGCCUGAAUUGAGGCUCAGACCCCUCCUAGCCAUUUUGAGCUGUGACAGCUAUACACCCAGGUCUGGACUCCAUUCUUUAGUGAGCAGGGCUUGGGCAGCUUGGACUCUCCUAGCUCCCCUGGAGGCAUCGCUACUCCUCUUAGUCAGAACGAUGUCCCUGGGCAGAGCCUUUUGCGGGCGGAGGGCGCUUAGAGCUGGCGGUUGAGCUGCUUUCCUGCCUAGGACAAGGAACCUGGAGGAUGUUUCUGCGUGAGAUGGUGCACUGGCCAGGAGCCUUUGGGCACCACUUCCCCAUACCUCUGGCAGUACCAGGACCAGGCCAAUGUUGCUUCUCAGUAGCCUUAUCAUUCACAGGUGCCUCUAGCCUGCACAAAUGACUGACCAGAGAUGACCCAAAGGAUCUGUCUGACGGUUUUGUUUUGCAUGUGACAGUUUGUAUUGCUCUUCUAAGGAAGGAAAAGCAGGGCGCUGCAGUAGUGCUCCAGGUGCCUGGCCUCCAGUGCUCCACCCUCCUGGCUUUUCUGUCAUGUUGGUGCCAAGAGGUUUCCUGUUUGGGAAGACAAGAUUAAGAGAAAGGAAAAGGCUCUGGUGGCUUUGCCAUCAUUUGCCUAUGGGUUUCAAUCCUGAGAGGCCACCAAGGUGGUGGUGUUGCCAUCACCUUCCCCAUGAAGCAGUUGGUGGGUUCCAGGUCCACUUGUCCCCUUGGCUUUAUGGGUCAGUUUCUGCUUCUUGCCCAUUCUAAACCCCACCCAAAUAAGCAGCACUUGAGGUUUGUCCUGGUGCUGCCUGCUAGCACCUUUGCCCAAGAAAUAAGAGCCUUCCUUGAGAUUCUGCUUCUUUCUAUGUGGGAGCUCCCGGCUGUUGUCCAACAGCUAAGGAAUGAACUCGAGUGAUAGCCUGGGCCCAGGAAAUCCACAAAAUGGCUGCAGGUAUUUGUGUGUCCAUCUUACUCCCCCUGUACCCGUUGCUGUGCUCUAUAUGUAGCAGCUCUGUCUGCUCAAAAUUCUUGUUGCACACCUGCCAGGGCAAUAGCCAGUCUUUGCACAGAGAAUUUUCUGGGGCUAUAGAAAUGGGUUUUACAAGCAGGCCUAGAGGUAUGGUGCCCAUCUUUUGCUGGGUCUUAGCUUCCGUGAGCUAAAGGAGCCACAAAUCAAGAUUGGACCAAGUGGGUUUUGUCUCUUGAUGUGUUUGAACUAGAUCAUUGCCCUGCGAGUCCUUUCAUUUCUCACAACUAGCCCUUAAGUUCCCCCAAUAAAUAGGUUCAGGAAGAAUGUUAUAAUCUGAAUCACAUUUUGACUUAGACCAGACUUGGCAAAAUAAUCACCACCUUUGUCCAAUGGCAUGCACCACUGGUCUAUUUCAAACUUUGCUGAUGCCCUCCCGUAUCCUUAAUUCAUCCAAGAUGCCCCAGCAACAGUAUGAGUGCCGAGAUUUUGCCAUCCUAGCUGAGGUCUGCCCUCCUAUGGAGAAGUAUUUCAUGUUCCCCUCUUCAAAAUUCCCCUGUAUUGGGCAUAGUCCUUGCCUCUUCCUGCUCCAGGAAGGCCAUCUCGCUCUCCCAGCCUGUGCCAGGAUAAGGAACACAAGCUGCCAACCUUACAGGGUUUGCUAGACUAUAGAGGUGCCCCCUUGAAGGAUGCAGAAAGGCCUACGUGGCCCUUGUCUCACUUCAGCUACCUCUUAAACAUGGGGAUAGGGGUAGGGUCCUCAUUGUGGUGGAUGGGAGGUCAGUGUGCAGGUGGCCCGAGAACUUCGGCCCAGCUCCAUGCAUUUCUAGGCACCCAGGCCAAUCUAUAGGCAGGGAUCUGAUCUCCACUGACCAAAUCUUCCUAAUCACUACAGCUGCUCUCCUUUUCAAAGUCAGCCCAGCAAUCUGGGCCAGAUAGAGGGGAGAUGGCCGACCGCGAGUGAGGGCCAGUGCCUUCCUCACCCAGGUGAGUCCCACGUGUGUGACCUCAAUUUCAGGACCAAGAGCUGUGUUGGUUUGGGUUUUGGGUUGUUUUUUUUUUUUUCUUUUUGGAUCAUUAGCCUUUCUCCAGGGCCCUUACUCUGCAUAUAGUAGCUGGCUGUCAGGACUUGUUCAGUUGGGAGCUUCACGCAUGCUAUGUCCGUAGCACUUUUUUUGUUUUCCAUGAGGUAUUGGGACCAUGGGUGGAGCUCAGGCACUGGCCAUAGAAUGUUAUUUCUGUAGAGAUGGUAUUUAACCUUCACCCCUAUUGUGGUGGCCUGCUGAGUCUGUUCUAGCCCUCCCACCUUGCACAGCAAAAGGUGGUCAUCCUGGACAGCUGGGAGCUGCCUCUGUCCUCAUAACCGCUUUCUUUACCCAGCCUGACCACACCCAGACCUGUUUGUGCAGAUAGCUUUUUUUUGGGGGGAGGGGGUGUCCCCUUUUGUUAUUUACAACAGCCAGGGACUUUAUUGUAUUUUACACCACAUUAAAUAAAGUCUGUUGCCUUA